ACGCGCUGCACGUUUUGUGUGUGCUGUUUUUGCUCCUUCUUCUGUGUGUGCGCAACACCACACAACCCACCACCACGCGCAUCACACCAGCAGCACGCGCACACACAGCCAAACAGCGCCCCUUUGUUCACUCCCGCACAACGUGCAGUGAAGUGAAGUGAAGCGUGACACUGCAGCGAUUGCAGCCCAAACCCUCUUCAUCUCACACUGUUUCUUUGACUGGCUGCCGCCGCCGUCGUCGUCACACAUCACAUCGCACAUCGCUCGUUGGUGCAAACGGUCAUUUGUUCAAUUGUUGUGUUUCGAGUACACGGAUCGUACCAAUAUCCGCAUUCGUUCUCUUCUCUUCUCUCCCUCUCUCUCGCUGUGUCUCUCUGUCUCCCUGUCGCACCGUCUCUGUCUCUGCCCACGCUUGUUGAGCUUGCAUCAUGCCGAGGAAGUCGAGUGGACGCACUCACAAGCGUUCGCUCAGUGGCACGCACUGGGCCAAAGUGGAUGACAAGAAGGUCACCGUGCGCACGCCCGCCGAGUUUGUUCGCGAGUUUGGCGGCCAGACUCCCAUUGAGAAGAUUCUCAUCGCCAACAACGGCAUUGCGGCCGUCAAGUGCAUCCGAUCCAUUCGCCGCUGGUCAUACAACACCUUCGGCAAUGAAAAGGCCAUCCAGUUUGUGGUGAUGGUGACGCCAGAGGACAUGGCGGCCAACGCCGAGUUUGUGAAGCUGGCAGACCAGCACGUGGACGUGCCAGGUGGCACCAACAACCACAACUACGCCAACGUGGAGCUCAUUGUCGAGCUUGCCAAGCAGCAGCAGGUGCAGGCCGUGUGGGCCGGCUGGGGCCACGCCAGCGAAAACCCAAAGCUUCCCGAGAUGCUGCACGCUGCGGGCAUCAUCUUCAUGGGCCCGCCAGCCCAUGCCAUGAGGUCCCUUGGCGACAAGAUCUCGUCCAGCAUUGUUGCGCAGUCCGCCAACGUGCCCACCCUCCCCUGGAGCGGCUCUGACCUCUCGAUUGAGUGCAAGCCGCCUGUUGACGGCACGCCGCUGCAGGUGCCUGAGGACGUGUACAUGAAGGGCUGCAUCCACGAUCUGGAGGGCGGCCUCGCUGCUGCAAGGAAGAUUGGCUACCCCGUCAUGAUCAAGGCCUCUGAGGGCGGUGGCGGCAAAGGCAUCCGCAAGGCGACGAGCGAGGAGGAGUUUCCGGCGCUCUAUCGCCAGGUGCUGGCCGAGGUUCCUGGCUCCCCCGUCUUCAUCAUGAAGCUCGCGUCCUCCGCGCGCCAUCUCGAAGUGCAGGUGCUCGCGGACAUGCACGGCAACUGCAUUGCGCUGUUUGGGCGUGAUUGCUCUGUGCAGCGGCGGCACCAGAAGAUCAUUGAGGAGGCGCCAGCCAGCAUCGCCCCGCCAGAGAUCUUCCAGGAGAUGGAGGCAGCUGCCAUCAGGCUGUCGAAGAUGGUCGGGUAUGUGUCGACCGGAACCAUCGAGUAUCUCUACGAUGUCAGCACGCAGACGUUCUCCUUCCUCGAGCUCAAUCCUCGCCUGCAGGUUGAACACCCGUGCUCGGAGAUGAUCUGCGGCGUGAAUCUGCCCGCGUGCCAGCUCAUGGUCGCCAUGGGCGUCCCGCUGCACCGCAUCCCAGACAUCCGCAGCAUGUACAGCCACGACAAGUACGGCGACGGUGACAUUGAGCUGGACGACCUCUCCUCCCGCCCGCCCCCAAACGGCCACGUCAUCGCAUGCCGAAUCACCGCAGAGAACCCAGACGAGGGCUUCAAACCGAGCGGCGGCACGGUGCAGGAGCUCAACUUCCGCUCGUCCGUGGACGUGUGGGGCUACUUCUCCGUCGGCGCUGCUGGCGGUCUGCAUGAAUUCGCCGACUCGCAGUUUGGCCACUGCUUCGCCUGGGGCCGCACCCGCGAUGAUGCGCGCCAUGCGAUGGCGGUUGCCCUGAAGGAGCUCAGCAUCCGCGCCGACUUCCGCACCACCGCAGAGUACCUCGUCAAGCUGCUUGAGCACGACGAGUUCCGGAACAACGCCAUCUCGACGGAGUGGCUGGACAGCCUCAUUGUCCAGCGCGUCAAGGCAGAGCGUCCGGACCCCAUGGUGGCUGUGACGUGCGGUGCCGUCUUCAUUGCGGACGCCGACAUUGCUGCCACGGAAACGGAUUUCCUGGCCGGCAUGGAGCGUGGGCAGAUUAUGAGCGGCGAGAUGCUGCGCAAGCAGCGCGACAUUGAGCUCAUCUACGACAAUGUCAAGUACAAGCUGACGAUUGUUGGCGUCGGGCCCACCACGUAUGCCGUGAUUCUGAACAACACGUUUAUCGAGGCCGACGUGCGCCGUCUCGUCGACGGCAGCUCGCUGAUCCGCUUCAACGGCGAGAGUUACGUCACCUAUGUCAAGGAGGACGUGACCAACUAUCGCAUCGUUGUUGGCGGCCAAACCUGCAUCUUCGACAAGGAGGACGACCCGUCGAUUGUGCGCACGACAUCGACGGGCAAACUGCUCAAGUAUCUCGUUGCAGACGGCACGGCCGUCCAGGCCGGCGACGCCAUUGCGCAGGUUGAGGUGAUGAAGAUGGUCAGCGAAGUCAAAGUCGAGGCAUCGGGACGCAUCCAGCUCGCAAUGGUGAGCGGGCACAACUUUGGCGCCGGCGAAGUGCUGGCGACGCUUGAGCUCGAGGACGAUACCCAAGUCAAGAAGCCCGUCGAUUACACAGACGGGUUCCCGUCGCCGUCAUCGGCCACGAGCGUCCCACAGGGGAAGCCGCACCACGCGCUCAGGGCCAUUGUGCAGCAACUCUCCGCCAUCAUGAAGGGGUACGCGUUCCCGGAACCGUAUUUCCACCAGCGGCUGCACGCCCUGGUGGACCGCCUGUUUGAGGUCUGCACGAACCGCCGCCUCCCGCUCCUCGAAAUGCGAGACCUGCUGGCCACGCUGGCCGGUCGCAUCCCAGCGGAGAUUGUGCAGGGCAUCCAGCAGCAGCUCGGCUUCUACGAGAAGUCCCUCAGCUCUAUGAUCUGCAGGUUUCCCGCGCAGAAGAUUGACUCGAUCAUCUACGACCAUCUGGAGAGCGUGAACAACAAGGCGGACCAGGACGCCCUUUUCCAGUCCUGCCAGGACAUCUUCCUCAAGACAAAGGCCUUCAGUGCCGGCGAGCGUGCGCACAUGAUGCAGAUCAUUGGCGAUUUGCUGCGCGAGUACGUUGACCUGGAGCUCGUGUUUUCGCGGUCCCACUCGAUGGAGAGCGCAGUGCAAGCGCUGCAGUCGAAGCACGAGGGCAACCCCGCUGCUGUUGCUGAGCUCCUCUUUGCACACUCCCAGCUCAAGGUCCGGAACGUUCUCGUGAAGGUGCUCCUGGAACAGGUGUACAAGAAACGCCUGUGCACGAAGGAGCAGAGCGACAUGAUGACGCUGCUGAAGGAUCUGGCCAGCCUCGGCGCCUCUGUGCACUCCUCCGUCGCCCUCGCCGCUCGCAAGAUCCUGAUGAAGCUGCACCUGCCGUCGUAUGAGCUGCGGAAGAACAACAUGGAGACCAUCUUCGUUGAGGCCAUGGAGGACUCCUUCUCCGGCACCUACUCCCCCGAACGCCUCGAGCGCAUCGUCAACUCGCAGACGGCUGUGUUUGACGUGCUGAGUGGGUUCUUCUACCACUCGUCCGAGACAAUCCAACAAGCUGCCCUCGAGGUGUACGUCCGUCGCUCCUACGUCGCCUACACCCUCACUGACAUCACGCAUCGCCGCAGCCCGAGCGGGUGCGUUGUGAUUCAGUUUGCAUUCCACAUUCCAACCAAGAGUGCGCAAGACCCCGAGGGCCUCUCGCGCGAGGUGCACCACCAGGACCACGGCGGCCGCUCCCGCACUUCCUCCAGCGGCUCAAUCAAGGUGUUUGACUUUGAGUCGCCGUGCCAGACGCCGCCCCGCACGCGCUCGCCCACCGCCCUCCUGCAGUCGCCCACAUCGUCCCUGAGUGACGACCUGUCUGCUGCGCUCAAGUCCGUCGUCAGCAUCGACGAUUUGCAGGAGUUUGAGCGCCAGGCUGAGGCCCUGACAAUCGACUCUGUUGUCAUGCGCAUGGGCGUGAUGGCUGCUUUCACCUCCGUCGAAGAGCUCGAGGGCCAGCUGCCGUGGCUGCUGACGCUGUUUGAGAACAGCCAGCACGACGCCGAGCCCAUCAACAUCCUCAACAUUGUCCUGCGCAUCGAAUCGGAACAAGACUUUGAGGACGAUGAAGUGCUGCUUGAGAUGCUCUCAAAGUUCGCCCACAAAUACAGCGAUGACUUCUUCCCUGUGCAGAUCCGUCGCGUCACCUUCAUCAUGUGCCGCCAGGGCCGCUUCCCCAAAUACUUCACCUUCCGCGAGCGCCUCGCGUACAAGGAGGAUAGCAUUGUGCGCCACGUUGACCCCGCUCUUGCCUUCAAGCUCGAGAUGUUCAAACUGAACAACUACAAGGUGGAGCACUGCCCAACCCGCAACCCGCAGCUGCACCUCUAUUACGCAAAGGCAAAGGACCCCAAGUCAGCGCACGACCGCCGGUUCUUUGCGCGCACGAUCAUGCGGCACCCUGACCUGGUUGACAAGCAGGCGACCAAGGCGUUCAUGCAGGAGGCCGGCGAGCGACUGCUGCUUGAAGCCCUCGAUGAGCUCGAGGUCGUGUUCUCGGACCCAAAAUACGCAGGCACAGAUUGCAACCACGUCUUCAUCAACUUCCUGCCUGUGGUCGAGGUUGACCCGCUCGCCUUUGCCAAGGAGCUCGAAGCCAUGAUUCGCAGGUACGGCGAGCGGCUGUGGCGCUUGCGUGUGCUGGAGGCCGAGGUGCGCAUGAACAUCAAGCUGGGCAAGACAGGCAGCACGCGUGUCAUCCGCUACGUCAUCAGCAACCUCAGCGGGUAUUCACUGGACAUCCACAUCUACAAGGAGAUUGUCAUGUCCAGCACCGGCGCUGCGUACUACCGCGCCCUGCCCGGGACGCCAUCCGGACCCCUCAACGGGCACCACACGCACACGCCGUAUGCGUGCAAGGAUCGCACGCAGCAGCGCCGCUACAUGGCGCAGCAGAAGAACGAGACAACAUAUGUCUACGACUACAUCGACCUCUUCCGCGUUGCACUUGAGCAGCGCUGGCAGGCGUACCAGAAGAGCAACCCAAGCGUGCACGUGCCUUCAAAGCCGCUCACCGCAUUUGAGCUCGUGCUGAACAAGUCUGGCCAACUUGUUGAGGAGCAGCGUGCUCCCGGCAACAACAACGUGGGCAUGGUGGCCUGGCGCGUCGAGAUGAAGACACCAGAGUAUCCGACGGGCCGCACGAUGAUCCUGAUUGCCAACGACAUCUCUUACGUCAGCGGCUCAUUCAGCCCGAAGGAGGAUCUGGUAUUCCUGCGUGCGUCGCAGCUGGCGCGCUCCCUCGGCGUUCCACGCAUCUACAUCGCCGUCAACUCUGGUGCCCGUAUCGGCCUCGCAAAGGAGGUGCUGGAUCGCUUCAAGGUGGCGUGGAAGGAUGAGGCAAACCCGAGCCACGGCUUCCGCUACAUCUACCUCACAGAGGAGGACUACGAGUGGGCCAGCGACAAGCAGGCCGUUCGCGCGGUGCUGGUGGAGGAGAACGGCGAGAAGCGCUACAAGAUCACCGACGUCUUUGGCAUUCAGCACGGCCUUGGUGUUGAGAACCUGCGCGGCUCCGGCGAGAUUGCGAGCGAGACAAGUCUCUCAUAUGACAGCAACUUCACGCUCACCCUCGUGUCAUGCCGCUCGGUUGGAAUUGGCGCGUACCUGGUUCGGCUCGGGCAGCGCACCAUCCAGAAUGAGCAGUCGCACAUCAUCCUCACGGGCCACAACGCCAUCAACAAGCUGCUUGGCAGCGACGUGUACGCGUCCUCGCUUCAGCUCGGUGGCCCGCAGAUUAUGUACUCCAACGGCGUGUCCCAUCUCACCGCCACAAACGACUUUGAGUCUGUGCGCUCGGUCCUGUCGUGGCUGUCGUACGUGCCGGUGACGGUUGAUGCGCCACUGCCGCGCUUCCGCUGGACCAUUGACGCCCGCAACAGCGUGUGCCGCCCCGACCCCGUCGACCGCCUGGUCACGUUUGUCCCGGAUGGGCACAGCGACCCGCGCUGGCUGAUUGAGGGCGUCGCUGGCGAACAGAUUGCCGGAGAGCAGGAGUGGAAGCACGGCCUCUUCGACCAUGGCUCGUUUGUUGAGAUGCUUGGCGGCUGGGCGAAGACGGUUGUGACGGGCCGCGCCAAGCUUGGCGGCAUCCCAGUGGGCGUCAUUGGCGUCUCCACCAGCCCCGUCGAAGUAAUGAUCCCUGCUGAUCCCGCCAACCGCGAGUCCAUUGCUGUGGUCCAACAGCAGGCCGGACAGGUGUGGUACCCGGACUCCGCCUACAAGACGGCGCAGGCGAUCCGCGACAUGAACGGGGAGCAGCUGCCGCUGUUCAUCCUGGCAAACUGGCGCGGGUUCUCUGGCGGCAUGCGCGACAUGUACGACGAGGUCCUCAAGUUUGGCGCCAUGAUUGUGGACAACCUGCGUGUGUACAAGCAGCCCGUGUUUGUGUAUCUCCCGCCGAGCGGCGAGCUCCGUGGCGGUGCAUGGGUGGUUGUUGACCCGACCAUCAACCCGGAGAUGAUGGAGAUGUACGCGGACCCCAACUCGCGCGGCGGCGUCCUCGAGCCAGAGGGCAUCGUCUCGAUCAAGUUCAAGGAGAAGACCAUGCGGGAGGCCAUGCUCCGCCUCGACGACGAGUACCAUCGUCUGCACGCGCGGGCCAACGAUACCUCGCUCCCUGCUGCGGACCGGGAAGAGGCCACCAAGCUCAUGGACGCCCGCUUCAAGUCCCUCCGCAACGUCUACCAUCAGGUUGCUGUCCAGUUUGCUGAUCUGCACGACACCCCCGGGCGCAUGCGUCACAAGAACUGCAUCCGCGCUGUGGUCGAGUGGGCUCACGCCCGCAAGUACUUUUACUGGCGCCUCCGUCGCCGCCUCGCGGAGACGAUGGUUCGCCGGGAGCUGAUCAAGGCCAACGAGACGCUGACGCGCCAGCAGACGGAGUUUAUCAUGCGGCGCUGGUUCUUCGACGUGCACGGGCCGGACAAAGCGCACCUGUGGGACAGCGACGAGACGGUGGCCAACUGGUUUGAUGCUAGCUGCGACACAGACGGCAACAUUGCCCCAGACUCCCAGAUUGCGCGCAACCUCAAGAUGGUUGCUGAGGAGCACAAAUCCGAGAAGCUUCGUGCCAUGGCCGAGGACGUUGGUGGGGAUGCUGCGCUGAGCGGCAUCAUGACUCUGCUGGAGAAGCUCACCCCGACACAGCGUGCACAGCUUGCCCAGACACUCGGCGGCAACGGCAACAAGGCCGAUGCCCAGUAGAAACCAAGCGACUCAGGCUACUUGCUUGUCUUUGUCUUGUCUUUCCUUGGGUCAAUUUCUCGCCGUCCUGCCUCCCCCGGACUUCCUUUCUUUCCUUCUCCCUCUCACCCUCUCCCGGACUUCCUUUCUUUCCUUCUCCCU